AUGGCUGCUGCAAACUUUGGAGAGUCCUUGAAAUCAAAUCAGAAUAGUCACAGAUGUCGCUACUGUACAGCUUUUGCCAAAAUACUGUGUUUGGAUUGUGAAGCCUAUCUUUGCCUUGGUCACCUAGAGCCACAUAAUUUGGCUGGACAGCACAUACUAACGGAACUGAGCACUAACCUGCAGACAAGAAAGUGUGCUACUCACCAAAGACUCCUAAAAUAUAACUGCUUUGUGGAUAAUGUUUAUGUCUGCGAGUUAUGCGUUUUACUCGGCAUUCACAAAGGACAUAACGUGGAAUUAAUAAGUGACAAGUCCAAGGCUCUGAAGUCAUCACUUGAAGAACUUGUGGAGAAGCUGAUCAAGCAGACAGCGCAAAUUGAACAAAGCACGGAUAAAAUCUCGGCCAGAAGGGAUGAAACCCAUGAAAGAGCUACUGUUCUGAUAAACCAAGUAACUGCGAUGUUUAUGGACCUUCAAAAAGAGCUGGAAAAUGAGGAGAAGAAGAUCAAAGAUGAGAUCUCCAAACAAGUUGAUGAGGUAGAUCUCCAAAUGUCUACAUUUUUCUUAAAAAAGAAAGGAGAGUUAUUAAACCUUAAUGCCCAGGUGGCUGAGAUUGAAAGUUUUCAAAAUAGUACAGACCCAAUAACCAUUUUGGAGAAAGGACCUAAUUUCAUCAACAAGGCUAAUAAAGUAAUAAUAAGCGAGAUGGAAGGCAACGUGGAAGUUACAGGACUGAAUGAGCUUCUGGUAUCAGUGAAUUUAGAAUCUAGCCUACUACGGCUGGUAAAAAGUAUCCCACAACUUCAAAAAAAACAUGGAUUUCAAGUGCAGAAUCAAAUGCUGACUAUGCCAACCAAUGCAACUAAAAACAAUGGUGAUCAACUUGGAAACCUGCUGAAUACAUCAGUGAAUCUUAACAAAGUGAUCUAUAGUUCCACAGCCAUUUCAUCAGGGCAACAUUACUUGGAAGUAGACACCAGUGACUUUCCAAGUUGGAAUAUUGGAGUGUCUUACUCACGAGAUGAAGAUUGUGUUUUAGGGGAUAAAACUGAUUCAUGGUGCUUGCGUUACUAUAAAAUGGGGAAGUAUGCAGUGGUUCAUAAUGGUGUAAAAACAUUAGUGAGCACAGUUUCUCUUAUUAAAGCUCUAGGGAUAUUUUUGGAUUAUGAAGGUGGAAACUUGUGCUUUUUAGAGCUGGUGAACCCCAUCAAACAUCUUUAUACUAUUUCAGUCAGAUUUGAUUAUCCUCUUUAUAUUGCCUUUAGUAUGAGUGAAAGAGGGAUCUUAAGUCUGAGGUAA